UCUUGAGGACUCAACUGCGACUUUGUGGAUACUUUACACAUAUUCAAAGAUGGAGACUCCUGAUCUUGACACUGAUAGAAAAAGUAAACUCCAGGGAGAGAGAUCAGAAUCAGCAGCACCCAGCUGUGUCUCCAUGAAAAGUGAUGAGUCUAUGGAUCCUCCUCUGGAGUUUAAAGCUGGAGUCUCCUCACCUCUACACAGUAAACUCCAGGGAGAGAGAUCAGGAUCAGCAGCACCCAGCUGUGUCUCCAUGAAAAGUGAUGAGUCUAUGGAUCCUCCUCUGGAGUUUAAAGCUGGAGACUCCCCACCUCUACACAGUGAUCUACAGAAGGCAGGAGUAAUAGCAAGAAGGAUCAUCACAGAUACAGGGCACGACCAAGGAUCGGCUGCUGUCAAUGAAUUCCAGGAAAGGUUUAAAUUAAAUCUGAUGAAGAAGUCUCAAUUCUUGAAUGGAGCGAUGGUAAAUCAGGGAACCCAAACGCUUCUGAGUGGGAUCUACACAGAGCUCUACAUCACAGAGGGAGACAGUGGAGAAGUGAAUAAAGAACAUGAGGUGAGACAGAUCGAAGCAGCGUCCAGGAGAACAACAACAGAGGAAACACCAAUUAAAUGCAAUGACAUCUUUAAGCCCUUGUCUAAACAAGACGAACCCAUCAGAUCUGUGCUGACAAAGGGAGUCGCUGGCAUCGGAAAAACAGUCUCUGUGCAGAAGUUCAUUGUGGACUGGGCUGAAGGGAAAGCAAAUCAGGACGUCCACCUCAUAUUUCCACUUCCUUUCAGAGAUCUGAAUUUGAUGAAGGACCAGAAACUGAGUCUGAUGGAGCUCCUUCAGGUCUUUUUUAAAGAAACAAAAGAAACAGAAAUGUUCAGUUUGGAAAAAGUUCUGUUCAUUUUUGAUGGAUUAGACGAGUGUCGUUUUCCUCUAGAUUUCCAGAACACGGAGAGAGUGUGUGAUGUAAAUGAAUCAGCCUCGAUGCCUGUGCUGCUGGUAAACCUGAUCAAAGGGAAUCUGCUUCCCUCUGCUCUCAUCUGGAUCACCUCCCGACCAGCAGCAGCUGAUCAAAUCCCCUCUGAGUGUGUCCAUCGAGUCACAGAGAUACGAGGGUUCAAUGACCCACAGAAGGAGGAGUACUUCAGGAAGCGGAUCAGUGAUCAGAGCCUGGCCAAUAACAUCAUCACACACCUGAAGUCAUUAAGAAGCCUCUACAUCAUGUGUCACAUCCCAGUCUUCUGCUGGAUUUCAGCCGCUGUUCUAGAGAGAAUGUUGUGUGAAACAGAGAGUGGAGAGAUCCCCAAGACUCUGACUCAAAUGUACACACACUUCCUCAUCAUUCAGAUAAACAUCAUAAGAGAAAAGUACUCAAAGAAGCAGGAAAGUGAUGAAGAAAUGCUUCUUAAACUGGGACAACUGGCUUUUGAGCAGCUGGAGAAAGGGAACCUGAUCUUCUAUGAGGAAGACCUGGGAGAGUGUGGCAUUGAUGUGAGAGAAGCAGCAGUGUACUCAGGUGUGUGUACGCAGAUCUUCAGAGAGGAAUUUGGGCUUCACCAGAGUAAAGUGUACUGCUUUGUUCAUCUGAGCAUUCAGGAACACCUCGCAGCUCUGUAUGUGCACCUGAAGUUCAGGAUAGACAAUAAAAAUGUUCUUAAAAAGAGUCAAGCUUCAACACAGAAGAAGCACGAAAUUACAGUUUUACACAAGUGUGCUGUAGAUGAAGCUUUAAAAAGUCAGACUGGACAUCUGGAUCUUUUCCUUCGCUUUCUUCUGGGUCUCUCACUGGAGUCCAAUCAGAAACUCUUACAGGUCUUAGUAAAACAGACAGGACGUAGCUCCCAGAGCACAAAGGAAACAGUUAAGUACAUUAAGGGGAGGAUCAGUAAAGAGCGUUCUACAGAGAAAUCCAUCAUUUUGUUCCACUGUCUGAAUGAACUGGGUGAUAAUUCUCUAAUGGAGGAAAUCCAACGCUACCUGGAAUCUGGAAAACAAAGUGAACUCUCUUCAUCACAGUUGUCUGCUCUGGUGUUUGUGUUACUGACAUCAGCACAGGAGCUGAAGGAAUUUGACCUGAAUAAAUAUUUCAGUCCAGAUCAGAUAACAGAAACUGUUCUUCUGAAGCUGACGCCCAUGAUUGCAGCAUCCAGAAAAGCAAUUAUCAGGUGUGAUAAAGUUGGAGUGAAAAUUUGGUCAGCUCUGGUCUCAGCGCUCAACUCAGAAACCUCCAAUCAGAGAGAACUGCAUCUGACUGUGAAAACACUGGAUCUGUCCGACAGUAAACUAGGAGACUCAGAAGUAAAGACUCUCUCUGCUGUACUGGAGAAUCCUCACAGUAAAGUGGAAAGUCUGAGGUUUGGUAAGUGUGGUGUCUCAGAUGAAGGCUGUGCUGCUCUGAUUUCAGCUCUGAGAUCAAACCCCUCACACCUGAGAGAACUGGAUCUGUCCUGGAAUAAAGUAAGAGACUCAGGAGUGAAGUGUCUCUGUGCUGUACUGGAGAAUCCUCACUGUAAACUGGAGAUACUGAGGUUGUGGGAUUGUGGUGUCUCAGAUGAAGGCUGUGCUGCUCUGACUUCAGCUCUGAGAUUAAACCCCUCACACCUGAGAGAACUGGAUCUGUCCUAUAAUAAAGUGGGAGACUCAGGAGUGAAGUAUCUCUGUGCUGUACUGGAGAAUUCUGACUGUAAACUGGAGACACUGAGGUUGCGUGGUUGUGGUGUCUCAGAUGAAGACUGUGCUGCUCUGACUUCAGCUCUGAGAUCAAACCCCUCACACCUGAGAGAACUGAAUCUGUCUAAUAAUAAAGUAGGAGGCUCAGGAGUGAAGCGUCUCUGUGCUGUACUGGAGAAUCCUCACUGUAAACUGGAGACACUGAAGUUGUGGGAUUGUGGUGUUUCAGAUGAAGGCUGUGCUGCUCUGACUUCAGCUCUGAGAUCAAACCCCUCACACCUAAGAGAACUGGAUCUGUCCCAUAAUAAUGUAGGAGACUCAGGAGUGAAGUGUCUCUGUGCUGUACUGGAGAAUCCUCUCUGUAAACUGGAGACACUGAGGUUGUGUAGGUGUGGUGUCUCAGAUGAAGGCUGUGCUGCUCUGACUUCAGCUCUGAGAUCAAACCCCUCACACCUGAGAGACCUGAAUCUGUCUAAUAACAAAGUGGGAGACUCGGGAAUGAAGUGUCUCUGUGCUGUACUGGAGAAUCCUCACUGUAAACUGGAGACACUGAGGUUGUGUGAUUGUGGUGUCUCAGAUGAAGGCUGUGCUGCUCUGACUUCAGCUCUGAGAUCAAACCCCUCACACCUAAGAGAACUGGAUCUGUCCUAUAAUAAAGUAGGAGAUCCGGCAAAGAAGCUGCUCCCUGCUCUUAAGAAUGAUAAACAUUACAAACUACAGAUUUUAAGGUUUAGUCGGUGAUGAACAUCUUUGUGUGAUGAAGACUCCGGUGUUCCUGCGUUUCCAUGUUGGUGAUGGAAAACAUGCUCAUAAACACAUCAUUCAUUUAGUUAUAACACAUUAAACAGACUCAGAGACGUGAGAAGUGUGUGUUCAUCGUGCACAGUGAGCUUGCACUAUAUCCAGGCCUGACAAAACAGAUUUAGCUACUGAUCCAUAUACUGUACUGCCACAUGAUUCAUCUUUGUUUAUAUAAGGUCUAUAUAUUUUCACACCAUGCUCCUGUGAUGGGUGUACGCCCAAAUUAUUAUUACACCGCUCCUCACUCACUUCUCACUCACUAGAUAGGUGGCCUCCCCUUCUGCAGGUGUUUUGUCCCCCUCUACCCACACACCAGUGUGUGCACACCUUUCCUUACCUUUUUCCUCGUCUCGUGCUCAUAUUUGUGGUGCCGACCGUGUGCCAAACCUGUAUACUGUAUAUAUACACUGUAUUAUAUAUAUUUCUAGAAAAGAUUUACUUUUUUACAGCAUAAAUUAUUUUUUUAACUACAGUUAUUUCACUUUUUCUGGGUUAUUUGUUCAACAUUUCUUUCCCACUUCCAUAGAGCUCUACCGUCAGCUAAUUCCAUAUCUGUUAAAAUAUUUCCAAAAACAUCAGAACAGCGUUGGAACAGCAUUGGACUUAAAAUGUCCUAUUUUGUACCUUACACUAGCUUGAUACUUUUAAGCCUAUUUUCACUGGAAUAGUUAUUCUGUUUAGAAAGUCUUUAAAUCAUUAAACAUUUUCCCUCCAAUUCCCAUCAUGUGCAUCAUGUACAUUUAUUUUGCAGUACCUCUUUCAAUUACAUAUGUUUUUUACCACUUAAAAAAAAAUA